AUGGGGUUUUUCUGGGCUGACAAGCAAGCUACAGCAGCCACACUGGCGAAAUGCCCUAUUGAUCACCAUGCCAAGCCAGAUGUCUCUGCGUGCCCUGUGAUGGCGGGGAAGGGCCCGGCGGCCGCGGGACUUGCGGCCGCGUGUCCUGUCAAGAAGGAUGGAUCAGGCUCUCUCAACCCGAUGAACAACAUGCCGUAUGAGAUUUCAUCUGUGCGCAUGCCGGGCCAGCAAAUCGAGUUGCCGACCGCGCGCACGAUGUCGACGAUCCCGCGCGGAACGGACGAAAGUGAUGGGGUAUGGGAAUAUCCGUCACCGCAGCAGAUGUUCAACGCGAUGAUGCGCAAGGGCAAGGAUGAGGUGCCUGAGGAUGCGGUGGAGUCGAUGGUGGAUGUGCACAACUUUUUGAACGAGGGUGCCUGGCAGGUAAUCUUGGAGUGGGAGCAAAAGCACACCGUGGAAACCCGCGUUGAUCCGCGCUUAUUGAGAUUCACAGGCCGUCCACACGACUUGUCACCGCGUGCGCAGGCCUAUGGCUUACUCGGGAAAUUAUUCCCAGAGCACUUCACUAGGGAACCUCCGUUCGACAGACACGACUGGACGGUAUUGCGUGCUGACGGCAAGGGUGGCUGGAACGAGGUCCGUUACGUUAUCGACUACUACGGUGGCCCAGAUGACCCCCACGGCAUGCCUACCUUCUUCCUCGAUGUCAGACCCGCUUUGGACAACUUCGGUAACGCCUUCGACCGUGCGGCGAAAUACACCCUGAGCUACCAGCACUUGUGGGACAAGGCCAUGGGCAAAGACCUCUGA